AUGGCCGAUCUUACUACAUGGGCAGCUCCAAAGCUAUCCCAGCUUCUUCCGCUGGAUCCCGAGUCUCUGUCGCAGGUCAUUGAGUAUGCUGCCAGUCUUUCAAAGGAAGCCUGCGCCGAUCAUCUCAAAAACCUCCUCGGAGACUCCCCCGCCGCUCUUGAAUUCAUUUCCUCAUUCAAUGCGCACCGAGAACCUCAGCGACCGCCUCAAGCUCCGCCUGCACAGUCUCAGUCUACUACAAGAUCAACGGGUGCGAAGAAAGGCAAAAAGAAAGCUCCGUUGCACAGCGCCGGCCCACCACGCCGGCCCGAUAACUACGGAGAUGUUGGCGGCGGCUACAAGAAAGCUGAAGAGGAGGACUACAUGAGCUCCCGCAAACCCACAGCCUCAAAUCUUGCACCAUCCCAAAAUGCCUCCGCAUCCUCGUCCCGCGUCCCCUCGCCUUUGCCCGCAUCUGCUCCGAAACCACCACCAUCCGCCAGCGGCCCCACUAUCUCGGAUAUGCUACCAAACGUGCGAUCAAAAACAGCUAAAUCCACUCGACAAGGUGGCACAGGAUCAUCUGCUAAGACCGGAACAACCCUGACAACAAACGAUAUCUCCGACCUCACAUCGGCUAUCGCUGCGUUAGAGGUCUCGACCAACCCGAGUCUGGGCGAGAGGCGCAAAUGCACCUGCUAUGGAUCUCUUCACCCAGUUUUCGAUCCAGCCCCUAAUUGCCUUAAAUGUGGUAAGAUUAUUUGUUCUCUAGAGGGACUGCAGCCAUGCUCUUUUUGCAACACGCCUCUCCUCUCUGCCCAAGAAGUGCAGGGCAUGAUCCGGGAACUACGAGCGGAGCGUGGACAAGAGAAGAUGCGCGUUCAUAACGAGGGUGUCCAUCACGAAGGAGUACCAAAGCCUACUGGGGCCGAACCACCCAGCAAUCUGGAUGCUGCGAAAGCCCACCGUGAUAAGCUACUCCAGUUCCAGGCGCAAAAUGCCCGCCGAACCAAGGUUGUCGAUGAGACGGCUGAUUUCGAAACACCAAAUGUUGCUUCCACUCUGUGGAUGACACCCACGCAGCGAGCAUUGGCGCUCAAGAAACAGCAGCGCAUACAGCGGGAAAUGGAUGAACAGGCCCGACCAGAGUGGGAGAGGAAGAAGACUGUAAUGAGUCUGGAUAUCAAAGGCGGCAAGGUUCGCCGAGUAUACCAUUCUGCGCCCACGGUGUCGACGCCAGAUACCAGUGAGCCUGAGCCGGCCGAGGAAGAGGGGACUGCAGAGGCCCCGAGGAGGGAACCUACCUUUAGUCACAACCCAUUGCUUGCAGCUGGUGGUCUAAUGCGACCUAUCUGGCGAGCACCAGAGGGUGCAAAGACCGAAGCAUCUGGGGAAACAGAAAAGAAACAAACCUGGCGGCGUGUGCAGGAUGAUAAUGAUGACAACGAGCAGUGGAUUUUGGAUGGCGGAGCACAUGGACAUACAACGACCUAG